AUGUUAGCAUAUCGCACACCCACCCACAUCCACCGAACGAUAGCCUACCUCUUCUUCACCAACCGUCACGAGGUCAGAAAGAUGACUCUGGACAAAAGCGAGUACACCAGAGUGAUCCCCCGUCUGAAGAACGUCGUGGCUCUCGACAUCAACAUGGCCUCCAAGGAGAUCUACUGGUCGGACAUCUCCCACAAGAAGAUCUACAAAGCUCCGAUGGACUCGGCUGGCGACAUCUCGCAUCAAAGCGAAGUCGUCUGGAGCGGCGUUGAUGCUCCUGAAGGGAUCGCUUACGACUGGGUCCACGGGAACCUGUACUGGACCGACAGCAUCCGCAGCACCAUCUCCGUGGUGACCGCUGAUGGGCAGCGCCGCAAAACUCUCUUCAGGCGAGACUUAUCGAAACCACGCGCCAUCGUGGUCGACCCCGAGCGCAACUUCCUGUACUGGACCGACUGGGGGAAUCCUGCCAAGAUUGAGAAAGCAGGUCUGAACGGAGGAGACCGGACUCCCCUGGUCACCGACAACAUCGAGUGGCCGAACGGGAUCACGCUGGACCUGCUGAACCAGCGGCUCUACUGGGUGGACUCCAAGCUGCACACUCUCUCCAGUAUUGACGUGGAGGGCGGUGGUCGUCGCACCAUCAUCUAUGAUGAAAACAGCCUGUCUCACCCUCUGGGUCUCACUGUGUUUGAGGAACGAGUGUUCUGGACAGACGUCAGCAACAACGCCAUCUUCAGUGCAAACAGGCUCACAGGUGAUGACAUCAGACCUGUAGCAGAGCACCUGUCGUCACCGGAGGACAUUAUCCUCUACCAUAACCUCAAACAGCCUGCUGGGAGGAACUGGUGCCAGGUAUCUGUCUGUGAGUUCAUGUGUCUGGCAGCUCCACAAGUGGGCAGACAUCCCCCGAAAUACACCUGCGUCUGUCCGGACAACAUGAUGCUGGCCCGGGACAUGAGGACGUGUGUUCCUGCUGUUCCCACACCUGAACCCCCCACACCGCCUCAAGUUCCAGCAACCAACCCGCCCCCCCAGCCAGCAGUUCCACAAAGCACCACUCCCAAACCAAAGGUCCAAACCACGCAGAGACCCCAGCUCAGCACCACACCGAAGCCUCAGGUACGCACCACCGCAGCGCCAAUCGUUACCACCAAAGCAGCAGCCAAGCCCGCCUUAAGAACCACCACCAAGCCUCCUGCAAGAACCACCACACCAGAACCCAGGACCCUGCCACCCAAGCCAACAGAGCCAAAGAUUCUCCAGACCACCACGGAGGCUCCAGUCACCUCAUCAGACUCCAGACCGGAUUUUGCAGCAGUCGUACCCAACACGGCCUCCACCACCCCGCUGGCCCUCUACAUAAUCUUACCUCUGGCGAUCAUGUGUAUGGUGGCUGUCGGUGGAGUCCUGCUUUGGAGGAACUACAGGCUCAAGAACACCAACACCAUCCACUUUGACAACCCGGUCUAUCAGAAAACCACAGAGGACCAGGUCCACAUUUGGAGGAGCCACAGCCCGGACGGUUACUCGUACCCAAAAAGACAAGCUGUGAGCUUGAACGAAGAGGCAGACAACCCGGCCUUCACAGAGAACUGAUAAAGCCAAGCCGAGCGGAGAGAGAGGAGUCUUGAUGAUAAGCUACCUUAGAGGUCCUUUUGCAUUCUUACCUCACACUGCACAAAGAAAAGGGAGUCUAAGCCAGGAUGAGACAAGCUGAAACCACUAUAUCCUCACAGACACACAAGCAAGCGCUCUACAGGGAACCAGGGUCGGACCUCACUGUCAGGUUGCACCUUUUCUUCCAUCAGGUUAACAACAGAUCCUCAACUAAUCAAACCAAAUCAACAGACAAUCUUUUUUUUACCUGUUCUACACGUGAUGAUAGCGAACAGGAACACCGCGUCACACGAAAGCCAAUAUGUGUCUUUGUUUGCAUGCGUCUGUUCAACUGAGCUCUUAUAACACUGAACUGUGAACGUCCUUUCACUCUCUGAGGUAGAAGUCACAAAUGAGUGUUGUAAAUAUCGCUGUUUAGAAUGUUUUUAUUUGUGUUCGUGGAACAGUAUGAAUGUCCGUAUGAUGAAUAUGAAUUUAUAGCAACCAGCUAGCUGAGCUAAGUCCAGAGAUGGAGGGAAGCAGGAGGAGAAAGUGAGGCUAGUUCUGUCCAAAAGAAAUGAGAAACACAAGAAAUACUCUCGUAAACAUUCCUCCAUGAGAUUUAACAUCGAACAGGACCACACGACUGAGCCAGGCUAGCUAGCAACUCUUGUUUCCACUUUUCAUGCUAAGCUAAGCUAAGCUAAGCUAAGCUAAACUAUUUCUGGGUUUAUGUACAUAUCCACCUCACAGAUAUGAAAUGCUACCAAACUUCUCGAAGGCUUAAAAAAUGAGCUACACCCGUUUUAUGAAACGUGGCGCUCUUCCUUUGACUGUGAACCUGAAGCUAAGAGCGAGCUAACCCACAUUAGCAUUGAAAAUAAUUGUUUUUAUACUAUUUUUAUCAAAUAUAUAUAUUCCAUAUUUUGUUUGUGAACAGAAUGCAACAUGUAGUUGGUGGAUUUUGAUACCUUCAGGCAAAGCUUCCAGCUCUUCCCCACUUUCAAGGCUUUAUGCAAAACUGGCUAUGCUAACGUAAUCUGGCGUUAGCUUCUUGCAAUAUCAAUCUUCUCAUCUAAAGACUGGUUUAUACUUCUGCGUCUCCCCAACGCAGCAGGAGCUGACACGGACAUGAACCCCACAUACUUGUGCGUUGAUGUGUCCGUGUCACGCUGCAGUUCUCCUCCCAAACUCUAGAGGGCAGUGUGGUCUCUCUGAUAGCCGGUCGCCUCCUUCCGGCCCCGCUACGAUCUCUUUUUCCUUUUCCUCAGAGAUUCAGAGCGUGUUCUGUUAAUCUACAGCUGAUACAUGUUGCUGUUUAUCAUACAGACGAAGACAGUGAUAGAGAGGAGGAGAUGAAAUACACGGCCGAUGAGCGGGGAUCCCAGAAGUCCUGUAAAAGCGGGAAACACAAAUCCACCUAGCGGACCAAUCACAGGGCGUAUAGUUACAUUUUGGAGGAGGUGCACGUCAGCUAACGACAUAGGCCUCUGCGUACGUACAGGAGCUAUGCAAACCUCCGGCGUAAGCUACACCGUCGAUUUGAUGCAGAAGUAUAAAUCAGUCUUAGCAGAUAUGAAAUGUUACCAAACAUCUAAAAAGGUCUUGAAAAAUGAGCUACACCCGUUUUAUGAAACGUGGCGCUCUUCCUUUGACUGUGAACCUGAAGCUAAGAGCGAGCUAGCCCACGUUAGCAUUGAAAAUAAUUGUUUUAUACUAUUUUUUUAUCAAAUCUAUAUAUUCCAUAUUUUGUUUGGGAACAGAAUACGACAUGUUGUUGGUGAUGGUUGGUGGAUUUUGAUACCUUCAGGGAAAGAGGCUGUUCCCCUCUUUCAAGGCUUUAAGCAAAACUUCAUGCGACAUCAAUCUUCUGAUCUGACUCUGAGCCAAGACAGGGAAUGAGUAUUUGUCAGACUCCUCUCUAUCCAAGCUGUACUUUUGUCCCAACAGAACAGAGGUGUCUUAAGUAAGCUAACUUAAAUAGAAAUUUUGGGUAUCUUUACUUUACUGGAGUAGUUAUUUUUCAGCCGACUUUUUACUUCUUCUCCUUACAUUUUAGAAACAGCCUUGAUUCUCUUAUUUCAUUUCAGAUUGUCAUCUUUAAAAAAAACAGAAAAACAAAAAACAUAUCCUGAUAAAUCACCAUCCGGAUAGAGGCCAAGUUUCUUACUCAUUACACUAAUGGUAUUAAUAGUGUCUUAAUGAAGUAAUCAAACAUUUUGGCGAGCUUAGAUUACUUUGAAGUGAUCUAGCCUUCAUGUUGAGUAAGACCCUGUUAGUCCACACCAGCAGUUCCAGGUCUUGAAUGUGUCUUGGAUCUUGAUGCUUGGAUGUACAUUUCCAUUCCAAUGAAGACAACAUGUCUGUGAAGUUUGACUUUUUGCACCGUUAAAAUACUUAAAGGCAACAUGUCAUCAUAUCCUCCGCUCCAUGAAACACAUUAAUGCUCUUUAAUGUGUUUGCAUUUUACUAAAAUGAGUUUAUUUUCAAUGGGCAUGAACGCAACUGAAACAGGUGCAAUCCAAAUAUUUCAACAUGAACAUAUUAAUAUAACAUUAUAGUCAUUAUGGCCUUUAGAACAUGUGUUUUUGGGAGGUGGGGUCGUGCACUAUAGGCUCCUGUGGUGCAGUCUAAGCUUUUGUCCUUAAAGGCAUUUUUCCCCUUACAUUACUUUUAUACUUGAAGAAGUUUUGAAACCUUUUACAUUUUAACUUGAGUAAAAAACUUGAGUUGAUACUUCAACUUCUACAGAAGUCUUUUUAAACCCUAGUAUCUCGACUUCUACCUGUGACUUUAUGUGAAACACGAACUCCUCGUGAGUUCACCUGCAUGACCUCAAUAAGACUUUGAGUUUUAAACCAGCGACUGCCUCAGUAAUGGAGAGAAUAUAUCAUCCAAAGGGACCUAAAGACGCUGCUGUAGCUGACCUUAAAGAAAACCCCUGACACUCAGUGUUCAGCCUUGAUUUAUCCUGUGUUCAGUGAUGGCCUUCAGCCUCCCCAUGUGGUCACAACACGCUCCCAGCUGCUGUCAGGAGGCGAGUUUCAGCCCCUCUCCUGAUUUGUUGACGGGCCGUCUGUACAUCGGGGAGCCUCCUUUAAAUUCACCCUCCCCUCCUGGGAGGGCCGACGCAUUCCUGAAGACUGGAAAGCUUUGAAGCAACCACGUGUGACCAAUCGGGUCAAUGCUACUGCUCUGUGUUUAUUUACAUCCUCCCUCAGGACCAGAACUUGAACUUGCCUUACACCAGCAUUCCUUACAGAAGAAAGCCACGUGCCUCAUGGCGGGGGGUUCAAACACAGUGCCCGGAUGUUGUCGCGUGUUCAGCUGUACAGUUAAAAAGCGUGUGCCUUGUUAGAAACAUGUUGUGUUCACUUGUUCAUGUUGGUGCUGUUGAACUCAGUGAGUCUGUAUAAAGUCAGAGAGUCUGUUUAUGUGCAGUAUGUGUGACAGCGAUCAGAGACAGAGUUAUUGUAUGACCGGUUGAAGGACCUUUAAUGAGAAACAUUGAUUCGUGCUCGGGGAGCGGUACAGUCCUUUCACACUCAGACUAACAGUGCACGUUGAUUGUGUAAAUAUAAUGUUCAUAAAUGUAAAUAUUUGUUCCUCUGUGUGUGUGUUUUGUAAUAUCAGUGUUCUAGACUUUGUUGUAAACUUUGGACAUUUGAUGUACAUAAAUAAAUGCUUCUAUUUAUUA